AUGGUUUUCCUAACCGACCUAUCCGCGGAAGAUUACAUCUUCACCAUUGGCCUAUUCGGCAUCCAAUACACAACACUAACCCCGGAAAAGACCAAAGCAAUCUCAACUCUCUACACAAUACUAUCGCAAUCAGCAGGACGAGUCGACCAUCUCCGCACCGAAGAUCACGGGUUCAAGUCCAUCGGCCAACCCUCAGCCACCUUUAUUGCAUAUUGGCUCCGAUCCGAGGACUACGAAGCGUUGAAGACAACAUCAGCAUGGCGGGAGUUCUGGGAUGAUUUGACGGAUGAUGCUGGGGUGUGGAGAGAAGUCAUGACGGUGCCGAAAAGUCGCUUUAUGCACGCUUCCUCGAUGAAUGUCGCAUCGGGAAUGAGCUCACUGUUGGAAUUGAAAACAAGUACAGAUGAAGGUUAUUGGGGUGUAUAUCGCCAUCGCCUUUCAGAAGUCAUCGACAAACAUACCGAUCCGAAAGACACUUUCACAUCACCAUAUGUUACAGCGCCGAAGUCUGGGAUUGACAAGCCAGUGCUGGAGAUACCGAAGUCAAUCGGUACGAGCAUCAGGUAUGGCAGGGUCAUACCCAAGAUACCAGAUAACAUAUGUUUUGUUAGGGAAGGUCAACGGCAACCGAAUUGUCCAAAGGAAGAGAUUGACGCGUGGGUAGAGAGUAUUAAUCCGCAUGCCAAGUCCUGGAUCCAGCAUCUGGAUGAUGAAAGAAUCAAGACUGGAGUCUUGUCAAUCACCACUCACCUUGGACAUGAACGGCCAGUAUCCAAGGGGCCAAAAUAUAUGGAUUUAGACGUGAAAGAAGACGCGGCUCCAGAAACGAAUCAGUUAGCUUACUUCCUGGACUUAGCACAUUUUGAGCUUGCGGGACGGUCUCACCGUGGACAUGUUGCUUUGAGGAAAAGCCUCAUGACACUUUAUGGGCCCGGAGGCAAGCUCAGUAAAAUGGGCAAGUCGGCGUUGUAUGUUGAGCUUUGUGUUCUCAAAUCCGGUGAUAUGGAUGCGGAGUAUAUUGGUUGUUUGGAGAAUACGGGAUUGAUGUUCUUAGCUGAUGUCGAUGGAUGA